UUGGAUGCCUUGAUAUUUCAUAUGUUAAAAUCAUAGAUGCCUAAGAAAUAAAAAGCGGAAGGAUCCUCAAGCCAGCUACAUUGACCGUAUUACCGCCCCCGCGCCACCUGUUUUGACGCCACUUUUUCAAUUCUUCUGUCACUCGACGUCCCCAUUUCUGGUUCUCGGCGACUAUGGCUUCACGGACCGAUCCCCAGAUCCCCAAUGAGCAGAAAAUGUUUAGGACACGAAAGCAACCCCCGUUCAUGAUGCUGCUUCCUUUAGUCUAUGCUCCUGUUCUUCCUCUGAUUCGGAUUUCACUGCGACACAAUCCGGUUGUGAGGGAUCGGCUGUUCUAUGGCGUUCUGGCCGGUGCAUUUGCUCAUGGACUUUACUUGAUAUCAGAGCUAUAUGAUGUUGAGAGCAAGUGAAGCGAUGGAAAACGUGCCUAGGAUUCUGGUUUCUUGGAGAGACAUUUUUUUAAAUUUAUUUUUGUAAUAAGCAAGCAUAAUGCAGCAUGACAGUAUUGUUACAAGAUGGCUGUUCACAGGUAUGAUGGCACUGGUGAAUUUUGGAAACUGUGUUGAACCUAAGAUUCUCAGAAAGCUAACUAAACUGCAACUCCAUGGUUUUCCAGAAAAAGGCAACACCCUGUGUUCACUACAGUGUUAUUUUUGUAUGGAUUUGUAUUGAAAAAUGCCAUCUUUCAUUAAUAA